AUGGAACCGACUUCGGCAGAUUCCGACUCUCAGCUGUUGGUCGGGAGCGCCAAGCCUUCUGAUAGUAAAUGCUUCACUGGCUGGGAAUGGGUGACUCCGGAAGUGGUCACUAAGUUCUCCUGCGCCACAGAGGACUUCCUAUGCCCGGCAUCGGCUAACACGUAUGGGAUAGACUUCAUUGGCUUCAUAGUACGCGAUGCAGACACGGGAAGGAAGUUGUUGGAGAUCACCAAGGAACCGCCUCACAAGGGGGCGACAAGCCGCUCUGCUCAGAUGGAGGAAGCGGCUCAGCGGAACAUUCGCUACCAGUUCGGACCGCGGUUUCUAGAACUUGAGCACGUUGGAACGAAACUGGAAUUCACAGUUGGGGAUAAGCCGGUCCACAACUUCCGCAUGAUUGAGCGUCACUAUUUCAAGGACAAGAUCCUCAAGUCCUAUGACUUCACAAUGCCCUACUGUAUGCCCAACACCGUGAACACGUGGGAGGUGAUAUAUGAACUGCCCGAGCUCACAGCUGAAGAGAAGAAGGCGAUGAUUGAAGCCCCUUGGGAGACCAAGAGUGACAGCUUCUACUUUAUAGACGAUAUUCUCGUCAUGCAUCACAAGGCGGACUACAGCUACGCGGAAGAUGUGGAGUAG